AUGGCGAUCGAGGAAUUGGCUGCGGUUCCCCUUGGCCUCCUCUUUCUCCUCUCCGGUCUUAUCGUCAAUGUCAUCCAGGUUGGCACCGUUCUGCUUGCUUUCUUAGUGUGUUCGAGUGAUACAUGUUAUUUUGAUUGUAUACUCAUUCUGACGAAUGUGGGCUUUGCGCCUUUCCAUAAUCUCCGGUAAAGAACAUUGUAGAUUAUAUAUAGUGCACAAUUUGAUGUUAAGUUGGUCUCCUUUUCAGGCAGCUUGUUAUGUUACCAUUAGGCCAUUCUCCAAGAGCAUGUACCGGAUGGUCAACAUAAAAGUUGUGGAGUUACUAUGGUACCAAAUUGUUUGGCUCUUCGAUUGGUGGGCUGGAAUGCAUGUAUGCCUAGUUUCAUCUAUAUUUAACUUUCAUUGUCUAGAUGCCGAUCUUUUAGAACGCUGCCAGGUUUUGUGUUUGUCUCCAUGAGCCACUUUAUGAUAAUCAGUGUUUAUCCUUGAGCUUCAAUUUGGCUGGUUUUUUCAUUCUCUAUGAAUAAGAAGAGACGAUUCUCUUUUUAAAUUAAUUAUAUUAGUGUGUUGGAAUUACAAGUCAGAUAUCCUAAGUAUUCAUUUCUUUUUAUAGGAUUGCAAUGUGAUCUCAUUUUUUCAAGGAUUUUUUAUAUUAUUUUUCAUGUCUUCUUGGCCGAAGGUUGGGAUUCAUACAGCUGAUAAGUUUUUAGAAAGUAGAAAGUAGAAGAGUAAAAAUCAAAAUAGCACUGUUUUAUGUUGUAUUAUUGGACGCAGUGGUUCUUGAGCUUUUAUCAAUGACCAUCUUUGGACCCUUUUUUUUUUUUCAAAUUGCCACGGAUGCUAGUGCAAUUCAUAUCAAUGAUUAUAUAUCUUUCUCCUCGCUAUCUCUUUGCAAUGCCAUACUGGAUAAUGGUGGCCAAAGUAGGCUUGUACUAAGGCAAUAUCAUAGUAUGAUCUUCUCUAGAAAUAAGGUUGUGACUUGAAGACGCUUGGAAGAAAACAAAAUGAAUAGUAAUGCACUGAUGGUCCAUGGGUAGAAACUCUAAAAGAUUGUACUUGUAUAUGGGUAUGGCUUGCAUUUUUUUAAAUUUUCAUUUUAAGUAGUAUUGGUAGGCCAUGAAAUUAUUUAUUAAUGUUUAUUCAUGUUCUUUAUUAAUUAAUAUUAAGUAAUACUAUUUAGUUUUGUUAGAGGAAACAACAUAAAAUUUUUAUUUAAUCUUAAAAGAGAUAUGAAUAGUGACCUCUCAACUAUGGUGAUCUAGGUAGCAAGGAAAACACAAAAAUAAUUUGGCAAAAUAAGGAAACUAUAUGAGGGAAGUAUCAUCUCACUGAAAUGCAUUUAAAUUCCCAACAAAGAAUUUUUCUUGUGAAUUUGUGUGCCAUUUGAGAUUAUAUCAAUUUGAAUAUGCUUGAAUUUCAAUUGUAUGCCAUUCACAUGCAUUAGUUUUAAUUAAAUUGCUCUAUGAUUGGUUUGAGAGUUGUUGGAGUGUAUUUAUCCUAAAGGAGGGGAUGAAUAAGCUUUUUCAUCUUCAUUAGUUUGUGUUGUGUUAUAGAGAACUAGUAGUGGAAAUUAAACUAAGUGGAGAGAGAUUGUGAACAUGAGUUCUUUUAGAAUAAUUCAAUUACACCUAAAUUUACUAUUCUUGAGAGCAACCUUACUCGGGUUUCACUAAUCUUAGUAAUAAAAUAUUACAUUCACUGACUUUACUUGCUCUAGCCUACUAAAUAACUCUGAAAAUGCUAUUACAUAGAUUUCUAGCCCUAUUAGGUUAACCCAUACCUUGACUACUAUGUUGAACACAAAUUCCAUGUACCUAAUUCUUAAAGCCAUAAGUGUAGCCUCCUUAGAAGUAAUUGAAGAAGAUACAAGUGAUAAUUUGUAUGAAGUAAGGAAACAACUUAAGGUUCAUCAUCCAAUAAUAAUGAUGAAUAUGCUUUCUUAUGACCUGCCUAGGUACUAGUCAUCUCUUUGAUGACUAUGAUCUCACUAUGGUGGUGGAAAAUUUUACAUAGUAAAACUCAAAUCGAUAUUUUUAGUCAUCAUUGACUUCGUGUGAAAGUUGUAUGAGGUUUGCCCAAAGUCUUUUUACUUUUUGUGUUGUAAGAUCCUAUUGGGUGUCCUAUGGCCAUAAAGAGGGAAAUGGACUGCAUAAAAUUGUCAAAGAAUUGAAAUAUUUUCUGGACAUCAAUAAUGUGGAUUAAUUUUGAAAAUAUCUGAAUCUUUUUAAUUUUAUUGAAAUUUUGUGAAAAUCCUUUGUAGUAAUCUUUUAGUUGUUUUGAAAAUUAUUGUUAUUUUUCUUGUUACGAAACAUAGAUGAGGCUUUUUCAUUGUACUGAUAAGAUCAAGGAUGCCCUUUAGACCAUGGGGAAAGUUUCUAUUUGGGAUAAAAUAUAUUCCUAACUAUCAUCUUUUUCAAGUGUCUUUGGUCCUUUUUUUUUUAAAGCACCAUUAUUUUGCAUGGGAUGGUUUUUAGUUUGUACCUUUGAGCUAGUGUGUGUGUUUCUCCCUAUUUUUUUUAUGUGUUAGCUUUUGUAGUCUUAUUUUUUAGUGUGAUCAGGUGUUGUAAAGUGCUUCUUUAAAGAUUAAAGUUUUUUGAGUUUAGUCAUGAAGCUUAUUAUGUUUUCUCUAAUAUUUUUGUUGUAGGUGGAACUUUUUGCUGAUUUUGAAACUUUGCAAUCAAUGGGUGGGUGCAUAACAUCUCCAUAGAUGAUUGUACUUGAUCUAGAUAUGCAAAUGAUAGUAUUUCUUUGAGUAUAUUGUAUGGUACCUUUGUAAUAUGCGAUUGUUUUAGGCAAGGAACAUGCACUUAUCAUGUCAAAUCACCGAAGUGACAUUGAUUGGCUUGUUGGAUGGGUUUUUGCUCAGGUGGGCUGUUAUUAUUAUUGAAUUAAAUGUUUAAUUCAGUAUAUUUUAACACAUCCAUAUGUUACAUCUCUUGAUUUAUUUGAAUGAUAGCAUUUGGUGGGAACUACCAACUUCAAUUGAUUCUCCUUUUUUGAUACUUUUUUUUUCAUUCUCAGCGUUCAGGUUGUCUUGGGAGCUCAUUAGCUAUCAUGAAGAACUCAUCAAAAUUUCUUCCAGUAAUUUUUUAUUCUUCACAUCUCUUGCCUUUAUUUCACAUUGUUUGUUAUUUCUUACUUUUGUGUGACCAGAUUAGUUGUAUAAUUGAUUUUUUCAAAUUUAAAAUUAUGCGUACAAAUAAAUAAAUAAAUCUAUUAUAUAACCAUUGUUAGUAGAACUAUAAUUAAGAUCAUAUUAAGAUGAAUGAAGAAUUUUUGUUGUUGCUGCUAUUUUUAUCGAUUCAAUUAAGUUGGAGUUCCAUUUUACUUGUUUAAUGUUUUGUGGCCAUUUAUAUCCCUUUUGACAGAGGUAAGCAUUAUUGGCAAUCCAACUAUUAUUUUUAAAAAAAUAUGGAGUAUAGUUUAAUGUGUAAAUGGUAUAAAGUAAGAAGCAUCUUGAGCACACAUCUUCAAUUUGGAGAUGCGACUAUAAUUUUAAGAUUUAUAGGAGAUUCUAAACACUUAAAGCAUAGAGCCAUUGAAAUUUCAAAAAUUAAAAUUUGAUGCAAUAGAAAUUGUGAAAUAGACUACAAAAGAUAAAGAACUUAACAACUUACUAUCUAUGAGUCAUUUAAGAAGACUUUGUUUUUGUUUCCUUUAGAGACAAGAUGAAAAGAGUGACUCAUUCUAAGCUGGACAUGUGAUGAACCAAUGGCAGCAAGAAUUCUUUGAAUAAUUUUGCAAACAUAUGUUGAUCAUCGAUUUGAAUUUCUUUUGUGGCAUCAGGAUAUUGAAGAUGAGUGACAAUAGUUCUAUCAUAUUUCAAGAGGUAAAAUAGUAUGUGAUUGAGUAUAUUAUGUUGAGUUUAUAUGAUCUCUAUCUUUUGCAAUUUAGUGAAGAAAAGACUAACCAAUAAGGAACAUUCCAAUAAGACUAACUUAAUGACUAUAAUAUGGUCAACAUGAUACAUAAUAGAAUAAAAAAAAUAAAAUGGAUACAAAGAGUAAAUAUUUAUUUUUCGUCUAUCUUAUGAGUCAAAUGUUUGUUGAUAAUUGACCUUUGUGAAGAAGUUAUCAAAUCCAUCAAAAUUAUAAUGACAUGACAAUAAAGUAGUUCACCAUUUUGGAACAAGUGGUUGAGUAUAAACCUAGAUAUUAUAAAGAUAGAUGUUGAGCAUUAGCUCUAGUAGAAAUCUCUUGGGCUAGAACAAUAUAACCUUUCGACAAGGCAAUGAACAUGAUUGUGAGUUAGGGGUAGCUUAUUUUGUUGAAAAUUUACCAAAUGCUAGACUAGUGUCUCGAUGUAGAGUGAUAUUCAUAAGAAAUUGAGACAAUGUUCUUUUCUAGGGAUUUUUCUAUUGGAUAGUAUUUUACUAUUAUCUUUUAUGUAGUAUAUAUCCUAUUUUUAUGGGUGAUAUUAGUAAGAAUAGAGUAUUUUGAUGUGUUUAUUUGCCUUCCAAUUUUAGAUUGUAAUUUUUUAUUAUUCAUUAUCAUGACGGAAGACUUUGUUGUUUCUUUUUAUAUUUUAAAUGAGAUUUCUCUCGAGGAUCAUGAAAAGGGAAAGUGUUGAAAGUUAGAAACUUUUUUAAUUGAUGUUCCUCUCAUUUAGAUGAUUUCAUGUGUUAUGUCACUCUAUUUCUAGCUGUCUUUGUGAGGAUUAUUCUUCACCUUCAAAGGAUGUAGAGUGAUAUUAUAGUCUAAUAUUUUUAUUGUCGAGUCUCAUGAUAAAUUUUAUAGUACAUACUGCUUAUUAGUAAAGUAUUGUCUUUUAUGUGAAAGGGGUUAAAUAUAUUUUUCGUAUGCAGGUUGUUGGCUGGUCAAUGUGGUUCACUGAAUUUCUCUUUAUUGAGAGAAGUUGGGACAAAGAUGAAAAAAAGUUAAAGGUAUGACUUACAAAUAUAUCAUUGUAAAAACAUAUUGUCAUAUCCCAAUGUCACCCCUAUUUUUCUCCUCAUGCAGUUAGGUCUACAACAAUUAAAAGACUUCCCCCAACCAUUUUGGUUGGCUCUUUUUGCAGAGGGGACAAGAUUUACCCAUACAAAACUUUUAGCAGCUCAAAAGUAUGCUGCUUUACAAGGAUUGCCAAUUCCAAGGAAUGUUUUGAUUCCUCGUACAAAGGUGAAUUUGAUUAUGUGAUACCAUACAAUUCUCAUUGUGUGUGUUUAGUUUUUCUCUCCUUUUAUCUAUGGCUAGGGAAUUGAUUGAAAAUGAGAUGCCUCUCAAUUGAUGUAUUUCUUCUUCUUUUCUUUGAAUUUUUUUUAUGGAAAUUUAAACUUCUCUAUCUUGAUUGAAUUCAUAGUGUAAUACAAUAAUAUACAUUAUUAUAUUCAGUCUAGUACACAUUGACUCUCAACUAUACAAAAUAUUUUACUAACUAUAAAAUGAGGACUUUAAACGUGAUAAGAAUACUUUUUUUGUGUGUCUAGCUUAUUAUGUUUAUUAUUUUGAACUUAAUAAUCUACAACUAUAAAUGAGGAGAAUAAUAAUUACCUCUUUUAUUUCUAGCUUUUCCUUUGGUUUUGUUUUCUUAAUACUAUGAUUUUUUCAGGGUUUUGUUUCAACUAUAAACAACAUAAGGUCAUUUGUUCCUGCUAUAUAUGAUGUAAUAGUGGCCAUUCCUAAAACUUCAUCAUCACCUACAAUGCUAAGAAUUUUGAAGGGAGAAUCUUCAGUGGUAAGAUUAUCAACUUUGAAUAAUAUAUUCUAAUAGCUUAAGACCCUAAUUUCAUUUGAUUCACUUUUAUGCAUUAGUUUCCACUUCAAUUACAUAUGCUUUUGUCUAAAAGAUUGAUUGAACUUUGUUAAAGUAUAAUUUUGCAUCUACCAUUUAUAAUUUCACUUGAUAUGUGAGUUUGUUAUCUAUUGACUAGAUCUUAAAAUUAUUAUUUUCAGUUUCCAUAGAAAAGAUGCUCAAAGCCAAAUCAAGAGUAGAGAAUUUGUGAAUGACAUUUCAUAGAAAUUUAUUUCUAAAUAUACAGCUACAUGGAAGAGAAGAGAAAUAGUAUAUUUCAAUGAAUAGUAGUUGUUAUCUCAUAAUUAAAGGAAAGAAAAAUAAGGUAAAACUUGGGAGGAAUGAUGGUUCUCGAUUGAUUUUGUUAUUAGUGAGUUGUUUUAUAGCUUCCAAAAUAUAAGAAAUGAUGAGUCCAUUAAAUGUAUGGACAUCAGUUCCUUGAACUUCGAUGUCUAAUAAUAUAUUUGAUAUGAACAUUGUGAGAGUAUUCAUAUAGUUCACAUAUGUCAAAGGAAUAUAUAUUUUUAUUCCCCCCAAGGACUGCAACACAUACAUCUAUUUAGUUCUUCAUUAAGUGAUAGCAUAUCUUAAUUAAUUAUGGAGAAAAGGUUGAAAGUAGUUAAUUUUAGUUUAAAGAUAUAUAUGUUAGAUUGUCUACUUAACCACAAGUGUUAGCAAGUUGUUAGGAGUUGAAAUGACGGUAUAAAUGAAAAGGUAGAUAUAUAGUAUUGGAUGGCUCAAAUAUCAAUGAGGGAUGGGUAAACUAUUUUGUUAAUUGACAUGAAUCUAAUAAAUUUAUAUAAUGAGUAAUUAUAGCUAGGUAGUAAGUACCAUCAAGAUUGUUAAGGAGUUUUAUAAUAGAAAUUCAAGGGAGCAUCAUCCCUCUUUGGGCAAAGGGUCCUACUUAUUGAUUAAAGAGUUUGAGUCAGUUGGUACCAAGCUAGAGGUUGUUCAAGUUUGGUUGUUGAAGUGUAUAAAUAGUAUAAGUCUAUAAGGUGAUAGAUUGUUGACAUAAGGUAAAGAAGAUGCACAUUAGAGCAAAGUAUUGGCAUAAACCAAUUCUUGUGGAGCAGACAUGUGAAUAAAUCAUUUUGACAACUAUCUAGUUGGAUGGGCCAAACAAAUUUUACUAGACAAACUUGCUUUAUCAGAUCUUUGAAAGUUUAUUGGAGGAAGAUGAAUAUCUUAUUUGUGGUACAUCUUGAUCCUGCUCUAAUCCUAGAGAGUUUAGGAUUUAUUAUUUGAUUUUUUAGAUAUGGGAAGCAAAUGAAUAACCUUGUAUAUCACUGAUUUGUCAUUAUUUGUACUAGCUGAUUAGUGAAUGUAUCCUUAUCAACAUGAGAGCUGGCUACUUUGGACUUUAAAAGUCCUUGUUUGGUGGAUUUUGGCUGUGUACCUUAAUCAACCAUAAAUCAAUUGACAUGAGUCAAAAAAAAAAAAUGAUAGAUUGAACUCAAUUUUAAGCCACAACUUGUUUUGAAGAAUUGACUUGGUUUUAACUAUUAAAGUUAAGACUCAAUUUUCAACUUAUCUAAGAUGUGGUCUAUUUAUGAAACCUUUGAUUUAGUUAGCACAACAUUGAUUAAGAUGAUUAGUUACAAUAUAAUGUUCUUUCACUAGGUAGUUUGGGGAUGUCUAAACUUUUUUUUUCUUUGUUUACUAGUGAAAUGCAUGUUGUAUUUAUUGAGUAGCAACAAGUCAUCAUGUUGUAUUUGUUUACUAGUGAAAUGCAUGUGUAGCUGACUCCCAACACUUUUAUCUACCACCUAGAACUCUUUCUUCUUUCUUAUCCUUUGCCUCUACUAACUUAACUUGACACAAUUGUUGCCUUUUCCAAACCUCACUUUUGGAUUUUCUCCUUCUUCAAUAGAAGAUCUAUAAUCGGUUUUGAUGUUUGAUAUUCAAAGAUGAAGGAGAGAGUUAAUUUUAAUUCAAGUCAUUCUCAUUAUUUCCACAUUGUUAAAUUUUUAUUUGAAAGUUUUAAUGGCAUUGACUCUCGGUUUUAAAUAAAAUAGAAUAUUCUCCAAAGCAAAACUUGGUUUAAUACUUUAUUCUUAUUUUAGAAAAAUAGUGAAUGAGAUUGAUAAUCAAACUUUGGUGUAAACAAAGUUCAAGAUUUAUGAAAAGAAAGUAUUCUCCAAAACCUUUAUAAUAUGUGUUUUUCGUAUGUUCAUUCCUUAAAAAAAUAUGUAGAAAAUAUUGUUUGAAUCGAUUUUCUUCAGAAUGAUCCUGAAGACCCUGAUAUGUAGAUCUAAUACUGAUCUAAAUGUAACAAAGAAACUCAAAUAAACUUUAAAAAACUCUAGAAAAUUAUGUGAUCAUGUUAUUGGUCUAGUUUUGUCUUUGAUUAUGUGAUCAACAAGAGGCCAUUACGUUUGUCUAUCAUAUAACAUCAUAUUUUCAAUAUAACGGUAGAAAAUAAUCUGCUCACCCACAAUUUGAAGAAUCUAUUGUGUUUGUUCCCAUCUUAUGAUGAAACCAAAUGAUAGACGUUUGACCAACUCUCUUAGAAUGAUGUAGAAAAUUUGUGAAAUAUCUAAUUUUUAAGGUUUUAAUUUAAUAUAUAGAUUUUUUUUUUGUCCUCACUACAGUGUUACAUUUAUGUAACAAUAAUUACAUUUUAGUCAGCUUUGCCUAGGUUGGUACCUUCAAACAUUUAUCCAAACAAAAAUAUUUGAAGAAAAAAAAUAUUUUUUUGUUAGAUUUAUGGUCAUUAGAGCUGAAUAUUCAAUGCAUAUUUGAAUUUGAAACUUUGAUCAAUGAGACAAAAAAUGCUAGAUUUCAUUGCAAUUGAAGAAUUCACUAAGUAUGGCACCUGUACAUAAAACUUGCGAAGUAUGACACUUGUAAAAGAAUUCAUCACAAUUGAAGAUGUGAGAUUUCAUCUGUUGUAGUGGUGUACAUAUCAUGGAGGUUAUGUAAUGAGUUAAGCUGUGGAAAAAUAAAGAUAUUGGGGAGAUGCCACAUUUUAUCCCUGGAUGUCCUAUCCUUAUUUUAUUAAAAUUAUUGAUGCCACCAGGUUUUUCCUCGAUAGAUAUUUGAGAAUGCCCUCUAUUUUCAGACUUGAAAAUCUUUCUUCCUCUUGAGUUUCUCAUGGGUCUAGGAAAUAUGAUAUGUUUUCUUGUCAGGUAUUUUAGUAUUGAUAACAAGGCCCUUCUUAGAACUAUUGAAGGCAGGACGCUAGAAAGUGGCUUAAAAGUGUGGAGUUUGACCACAUGUUUACCAUCUUUCACUUUUGUAUAUUAGUGAAUUGAAGACUGAAUAUAUGGUUCAUGAAAUACGUAUUUUGUAGGAUACCAUGUGGAUAUUUUAUAUGUAGCACCUCACAAAAAUGCUAGCACAAAAAACUUGAAAUGAAUAAAUGCUCAUGAGAUCCUCAUGAGCAUUCCAUUUAUAGACCUAUCUUCUAUCUAUGUAUCCAUUCAUCCAUCCAUCCAUCCAUCUACACAUCAUUUGCUCAUCUCUAUAUGCUUAUAUCAUCUGUGUUUUGGUGAUUUUGAUGGCACCCACACUCUCCUAGGUACAUGUCCACAUCAAGCGGCACUCCAUGGAAGAGCUACCCCAAACCGACGAAGGCUUGGCGCUGUGGUGCAAAGACCUAUUUGUGGCAAAGGCAUGAUUUCAUACACUUACUUGGUGGUUCAAAAGUGCCCACUUAAAUGUGGCCUUCAGCCUUUUCUACUCUCAUGAUCUGCGGCUUCAACUCUGCUGCUUGUUCCGACAGGAUGCUUUGCUGGACGGGUACCUUGCUGAGGGAACUUUUGGCACCAAGGCGCCUAUUCCGAUUGGCCGGCCAAUAAUAUCAUUACUGGUAUGUUGGUCAAUAAUAUAACCAUGCAAAUAUCUUCCAUCAUCUACAUGUCAUAUGUCUUUAUUAUGCAUCUCUUUCUCUCUCUAUCAAACCCCUCUAAUCUGAAUUCCUUCUAAACUUGGAAAUAAUUUUCCUCCUUCCCUCCUCAUCUUACAUUGAUAUAUAAAGAUUAUGAUCAGCCCCUCACGCUUUAUAAACCAGCAAUGUAUUCUUUUAGUAAUAAGGUAGGGAUUUGAUUACCUACUGGAAAAUUUGAGAAAUAACACAGAUGACUUUAUGGAAAUCUCUUCCAUCAUCUACAUGUCAUAUGUCUUUAUUCUAUAUCUCUUUCUCUCUCUAUCAAACCCCUGUGAUCUGAAUUCCUUCUAAACAUAUAAAUAUUUUCCUCCCUCCCUCCGCAUCUUACAUUGAUAUAUGAAGAUUAUCUAGGUUAAACUUUACAAACCAGCAAUGUAUUCUUUCAGUUAUAAGGCAGAGGAUGGAUUACCCAGUGGAAAAAUUUCAGAGAUAUCAAUCUAUUUAUUUUGCUUCUCGUCCUCCCCCUUCCCCUCGCCCAGCUCCUCCGGUCUGAAUCCCCUCUGUCCUCUGUCUCAGGUCGUCAUGUCCUGGUCAUGCCUUUUGACAUCCGCUGCCUUCAGAUUUUUCGAGUGGUCAACUCUCCUCUCAACUUGGAAUGGGAUCUUGUGCUCAUCUUUCUGCGUGCUUCUGGUCGCUGUUAUCAUGCACAUAUUUGUACUCUUCUCCCAGUCUGAUCGCUCCACGGCUGCCACGGUAGCCUCCACCAGGGUGAAGGAUGACUGA